AUGAAAUUUGUAAAUGCCACGACUGCAAGCCUCAGGUCAUCUAGUCUUACGGAGUGCAACACUGUCGGCAGCCCUCUCGGAGCGCGCAAGCGCUCUGCAGCUGCGCAAGUAUCCUUAAGCGACGUCAGCGACACAGAUGACAACGUUCAUGGGCUUGGCGAGGGGCUCGGCUCCGUAUCCAGCGUGGAUCCGAAAGAGCUGACCAGGCAGCAGCGGCGGCAACAGCCGCAAUAUGGCGCCGGUAAGGACGGAGCUUGGGAUACGAAACCCCCUGCCGCCGAAAUCCGCCGAAGCACCAAGGGCCCCGCAGCCGCCCUGACCAGCCGCGUUGUGGCGACGGUGCGGCGCCGAAUGAAGCACGGCCUCCAGCGGACUGUGGCAGUAGCGGCACCCCCGCCGCGUCCAGCGGCCGUGGCGGCAACGGUAACAGAGCUCGGCGUCGUGGCACACAGCCCUUUCCCUGCUGCUGCACAUCAACCAACCAACGAGAGCUCUAGACAGCCCUACCGCCACGCUACCAACCGCUGGGAUCUUCGUCGUACAACAGCAAUAGCGGCCGUCGCAAUCCUGCUGGCGGCGGCAGCGGCGGCGUCAGGCUUGCUCUUGGCGCCGCGACGGACCGGCCGCGGUGCCGCCGGCGGCGAGACUGCUGCAGGGAGGUCCGCCGCCGCCGCUGGCGGCGGCUUCGGCGCCGCUUCCGCCUCCGGCGCCGUCACAAGCUGGAGCGCCACCAGCGCUCUGCCGUACAUGGCCGGAUGGGCUCGGCUGCUUGGCGGCAUGGCGGGCCCCGCACCCGUAAUCGCCGCCCGCCUGUCCCAACGAUCAUCAAGCCGGCAUGUUGUUACGGCCAGCUUUGCACCUCAGGACCGAGCCCACAACGUCCAUCGCGGCAGCAGCAUUCUAAGCCCAGGAGGCAGCAGCAGCAGCAGCAGCCGUGGCGGGAGCAUGCUGCUUCGAAGAUGGUGGUGGUGGUGGUGGUACGGAACUACCGCUGCAGGAACGGGAGCCGCACCGCACCGCGACAGCAGUAGCCGCCGCCGCAGCAGCAGCAGCAGCAGUACCUUGGCGGUCGCAAAAGGGGAGGGCACUGGCGGCGAGCCUCCCACCUCCACGGGCGGGGACACCGGCGCCACCGGGCAGCCUCCACAGCCUCAGGACUACGAAUGGCGGGAGGCCGCGACUGUAAGAGUGAUCACGGUCGUACCCGAUGGCGGCUCCAGCCCCUACCGGACCAGCUGGGGCGCCCUGGCGGAUCACACGGCCGCGAGGUUCGAGUGGACCGACCCGUCGUACCAGAUGAUGGUGUUCAGGGCGCAGCAGCUGGGGAUGGACGCGGGCAUCCAGCGGGCGUUCCUGGGGGCCCUCCAGGGCGGCGCCCAGAUGGUGGUUGGUCUGGCGGUCGCGGAUGGGGCCGCGGAGGCGUUUCUCCAGGACCCACGGGUCACUUCCAAGCUGCCAGAUGUGGUGCUCUUCGCGGGCGGCUCCGAAAGCCUUUCCCAGGCGCUCACGCGACUCCAGCACAGCCGCCUUCCCUGGACUCCGGACGGCCGCGGGCUGGCCGUGUGGGACACCGUGCAGCUGCUGCUCGGUCGCUACGACUCCGACAACUUCCUCUUCGUGUACUUAGUGCUCGUCAACCAGUACGUCACGACAGUACGACAGGUCGCGGACACCACCAAGGGUUUCGAUCUGCAGUCCCUCAUCUGCAUGAUCAAGAAUUGCGGAUCCAAGGUGGUUGGCUGCGUUCAGGACCCCACUUGCAAGUCGGCACUGGACUGCUUGCAGGCUUGCACUUUCAACGACCAGGUGUGCCAGUACCGCUGUAUAGUCAGCUAUGAGAGCCCCCUCCUGGAGCAGUUCAGCCUCUGCAUCUUGCAGCUACACAACUGCCGCAAUCUGGACGCAAAGCCGCCCCUGCUGCCAGACCCCGCGCCCAUGGCCUCCUUCCGCGGCGCCCCGCUGACCCAUGGGUCAGCUGAGGAGCUCUUUUUCGGCUGGCUGGAUGAGCCCCGUCAAGGCGCCCCGGCGUCGAGCCUCCUCGGGGACCGCAAGGGCAAGCCGUACAGCUGGCUGGUGGCGGCAGGCAAGAACCCCGCGUACGACUACUUUCCGUGUCAGCACCAACUGUACUACAAGGGUAGAGGUCGUGGGCAGCUGUGGUACGAGCCGGUGUUCAAGGCCAUAACGGUGGAUGGGAGGGAGGUGUGGCGUCGCAGGGUUUACCGUGUACGACAAGGGAAGGUUCCCGGCACCUUCCACUUGUCGGUUCUGGACAAUGGCGUCACCUCCAACGAGUUCUGGCGCAUUCUGGAUUGCCACGAGGGACUGGACUACUGCCUCUUCUAUUACAGCGGGGCGGCGUCCACGGCAGGUCUGUCGUACAGCGGCGCCAUCCUGGCAACCCCCGAUGGCCGCAUGCCGGGUCCGCAGCACACGGACCGCCUACAUGGCGCGUUGCGGCGGGCGGGUAUCGAGCCCUGGGAGCUCAGCUACGUGGACAACAGCAACUGCGAGGAGGCGCCCCUGAAGAUCACCGGGCCUGUGGCACCGCCUGCACCCUCCGCCGCGUAUUAA